GAAGAGGAGGCGGUGGGCUGGCCAAUCAGAGGGAGAGACUCACGGAGUCGGGUAUUGACAGCCAAUCAGAAGAGGACUCGCAGGUCCGUGCAGGCGUCCGGUGGGACAUGGCGAGCUCGGGCACCGAGGACCUCCGGAGCCAGGAAGAGGAGAGUUUUCUCUACUUCGCCUAUGGCAGCAAUCUGCUGACGGAGCGGAUCCACCUCCGAAACCCCUCGGCAGUGUUCUGCAGCGUGGCCUGCCUGCAGGAUUUUAAGCUUGACUUUGGCAAUCCCCAAGGCAAAACAAGUGAAACUUGGCAUGGAGGUAUAGCCACCAUUUUUGAAAGUCCUGGCGAUGAAGUAUGGGGAGUAGUAUGGAAAAUGAACAAAAGCAAUUUAAGUUCUCUGGAUAAGCAAGAGGGGGUUAAAAGUGGAAUGUAUAUCCCAAUAGAAGUUAAUGUUUCUACUCAAGAAGGAAAAGAAAUAACCUGUCGAAGUUAUCAGAUGACAAAUUAUGAGCAUGUUCCCCCAUCACCCCAGUAUAAAAAGGUCAUUUGCAUGGGUGCAAAAGAGAAUGGUUUGCCACUGGAGUAUCAAAAGAAGUUAAAUGCAAUAGAACCAAAUGACUACAAAGGAAAGGUCUCAGAAGAAAUUGAAGACAUUAUCAAAAAGGGGGAAGCAAAAGCUCAUUAGAACCUAAUAGAAUGUAUCUACAGAUAUUUUCUCUAUAUGCUAAUACAUUUUUAACAGUUAGAACAGGGAUCUGGGAUAUCUCCCUGUUUGAUAUGUUUUCAACAGUGUUCUGAAGGGAUAUCUCACUUGGGUGAUUCCUUGUUUACAGGCUAUAAAAAGACCGGGAUAGGAGUUAGUCAAUUGAAAAGGCGGCCAUGUGGCCCUGGAAUGCAUGACAAGUAGAUGUGAGUACUCCUUCUGUGAACCCUUAAAGUUAUUUUAUUGAGUUGAUCUGAAGUGUAUUUUUGCUCUGUGACAAAGAGUAGAUUUGCAACUUAAUGAUGGUGCUGGUAAAUCACUCUGCUCUGGGAUUAUUUUUUUAACCAGCUUAAUAAGAGCAAGCAAACUGCAGAGACAACUGAUUAUAAAAAGUUUUUAAUUUAAAAGAUGGCAUACUAUUCUUAGAAGAAUAAAUGUAUUUGUGGUUUAACCUGUAUUCCCUA